UAAAGUUUUGAAAAAAAAAAAACAAGUUUUCAACAUGGCGGUCCAGUCGGACGGCUGGAGCUGGUUCCUGCCGUUAGCAGCGGGAGUUUCGCUGUUUAAAUGCUUAUUCAUCAACGCUUAUCGUUCCACAGACUUUGAGGUGCACAGGAACUGGUUAGCCAUCACACACAGCCUGCCAGUGUCCAGCUGGUACCAUGAGAACACAUCAGAGUGGACUCUGGACUACCCGCCGCUGUUCGCCUGGUUCGAGUUUGGACUGUCGAAGGUGGCGCAGCACUUUGACAAGAACAUGCUGCUGGUGGAGAACCUGAACUAUGCCAGUCCAGAGACGGUGAUGUUCCAGAGGCUUUCAGUCAUCUUCACCGACCUGGUUUUUAUCUUCGCUGUCAGAGAGUGCAGCAGGUGCGUCCAGGUGCAGAAAGUGUCCCGGGAUAUUUUGGACCAGCCGUCUUUUGUCCUUUCUGUGUUGCUGCUGUGGAACUUUGGCCUCUUUGUCGUUGACCACAUCCAUUUCCAGUAUAACGGCUUCCUGUUCGGCUUCCUGCUGCUGUCUGUGGCUAAACACCUGCAGUCUGAGCACCUGCAGGGGGCGCUGCUGUUCUCCAUCCUGCUCAACCUGAAGCACAUUUAUCUGUAUGUGGCUCCGGCGUACGGUGUCUACCUGCUGAGGGACUACUGCUUCACUCGGGAUGUCAAAGAUGGAUCCAUCGGGUGGAGGAGCUUCAGCCUACUGCGCCUGCUGGUUCUGGGUGGUAUCGUGGUCUCCGUCUUCACCCUGUCCUUCGGUCCGUUCCUAGUCAUGGGUCAGCUUCCUCAGGUUCUGUCUCGGCUCUUCCCCUUCAAACGGGGCCUCUGUCACGCCUACUGGGCCCCGAACAUCUGGGCCCUUUACAACAUCCUGGAUAAGGUUCUGGUGGUUCUGGGUGUUCGUCUGAAGCUGCUGCAGGAGGCGGAGCUUCCCCGAGCCUCCAUGACGGGUGGGUUGGUCCAGGAGUUCCAGCACUCAGUCCUCCCCUCCAUCUCUCCCGCCACCACUCUCUUCUGCACCCUCCUCUCCAUCCUGCCAGCGGUGGUGUCCAUUUGGCGGCGUCCUCGUGGAGCUCGUGGCUUCCUGCGCUGUCUGUUGCUCUGUGCACUCGGAUCCUUCAUGUUCGGUUGGCAUGUCCACGAGAAAGCCGUCCUCCUGGUCAUCCUGCCGCUCAGCAUCCUCGCCGUGGAGAGCAGAGAGGAUGCUGGGAUAUUCCUGCUGCUGAGCACCACGGGACAUUACUCCCUGUUCCCGCUGCUCCACACCCCCGCAGAGCUGCUGAUCAAAGUGUGUCUGAUGCUCAUGUUCACCACCUUCUCCUUCACCGCUCUCAGGAGGCUUCACCGUGGUAAGGGGUCUCUGCUUCGUCCUCUGGAGGUCUUCUACCUGUUGGGCCUGGUUGCCGUGGCGAUUGCCUGUGAGGUGGUUUUCCCGCUGUCACCGUGGAAACGCAGACUGCCGUUCCUCCCCCUGCUGGUGACCUCGGUGUACUGCUCCGUGGGCGUCUGCUACUCGUUCCUGCGUCUUUACCUCAGCCUGUGGCGAUCCGACUGCAAAGCCAAACAGCCGUGAGAACGUACGUCUGAGAGGUCACAGGUCAGAUCCCACACAUGCCCACGCCACCCAACACCACCUGGCUGUGAGCAAGGCACUGACGCACCAACAACCUCAUCAGGAGAGGAUUGGAGUCUCUGGUUCUGGAUCCUCUGAAGGAAAACGUACAGAACUGAGUUCUGGACCUAUUUUUUGGCCUGGUUCUGUUCCUCAGGUUCUUCUGUCCAAUCCUUAAUAGAACCCCCCCCCCCCUUACCGAGACGAUGUGUUCCUGCUCUUCUUUGUUCUGCUUCCGAGGAUGGGUUCUGAGACUUGGAGGUCCAGACGGUUUACACCAAGCUGACCUGAGAACAGCAAACCCAUCCUGCGGACACCGUGGACCAAAACGUUUCAUUUAGAUGUCGGUACCGUUCCAGCUGCUCGGGUCUGGUUCUGGACAAACUUAAAGAUUCUGGGAAGAGUUUGAGACCUGCUGUAGCUUUUUGUGAGAUUAGAAUCUAAUUUAGUCGCUGAUGGCUUUUCUGCAUCAGAACGUGUCUAAGACCAGAGUUCCUUCACUGUGAAACGGUAAGACCAGCUGAUUCAGUAAAGAUGUAAUAAAACACGAUUCAAGCUUCA